UCUUCCAGAUGCUUGGGUUUAGGGCUUUGAGCGUCCUCUAUGUGGCGUGGAGCGAGAUUCGCGUGGAGGAGCUCCCCUGUCCGCCGGCUGUCUUCCAACGUCCGCCGGCUCCCAGAGGACGAGGGCGACUGGUCCUACUACUCUGAGUGGUGGGGGACGGCCUCCGAUGGCCGGACCGUGUUCCAAUCGACGUCUGACCACGGAAAUGGCGUCGUCUCCGUCGUCGCCUACCCUUGUUCAAGACCGGCUCCAGCGCAAUGGCCAACAACGGAGAGAUGGCUUGGUCAAAGGUAUGCAAAGAUUCAUCCAGAAUUUGAGCAUGAUGAAGAGUUUAGGAUACUUGGUUAUGAAUGGCGUGUGCUUCGCUUUAAUGGCAACACUCGCCAAAGCACUGCUAAAACUAUGGUCGCUUACAGAAAAUCAGACCCUUCAUCAUUAUAUUUAAUGCAGCAGCCUCAUUGUCUGGCUGUUCCAUAUUUAAAAAGUAUGGUAUCAGCCGGCUUGAUGACAUUGACUUCUUCCUCUUAUGACCUCCUGGAGGCAAAGAGAACCAUGAAUAUUCUGUGUAUCGGUCAUGGUGGUGGUAGUCUACCUUUAUUCUUGGCCAGUAAAAUUAAAGGUGCUGUGGUCCACAUUGUGGACAUUGAUCCAGUUGUCAUCUCAGCCUCAAUUCAGACAAUGGGUUUCCCUGCUUCUUCUGUCAAAACAUCAGAUCAGAUUUUGGUCUCACAGCCUGCCCAUGCUGACAGUUUACUGUGGGAUGGCAUCCAUGACCGGCUACUGCUCUACCGAUCGGAUGCUGAGGAUUUUGUAGUCGACAACCCUUACAUAUAUGAUUUAGUCUUUAUCGAUGCAUAUGAUGGCGAUGAUAUUUUCCCUCAUAAGUUUUGGGAUCCACAGGGCCCUUUUCUUAAAUCUCUUGAAAGUAGGCUUCAUCCUGUCCAUGGGACUGUUGUGGUCAAUCUGCACUCAGAUUCAGAAGCCUUCACUACUGAGACGAAUGAUUACUCUCUUUUCCAAUGCAUUCUGCCCAUGGGCAGAUAUGUCUCACAAGUUUGCAGGGCUUACAAGGAGCAUCUGGGUCUGGCGUUUUGCGUCUCCGUUCCGUGGCUUUGCAACACCACUCUUGUUGCAUGCAGGGGUAGAGGGUUGUGCGGUGGUGAGGGAUUAUUUGUUAAUAGGGAUACGGUUCUAAAUACCCUCAUUUCUAAAUCUCAUUUGGUGGAAACUGUGCUUGACUUGCCAUUUCCUUGCCUGCAAUAUGUCAAAAGAGGGUUUAUGUUGGUUGAUUGAUCUGCUUGGAGACAAGGUGGUCGUCGUCGUCGGCUUCUUUUUUUUUUUUUAAAUUUGUUCUUACGUUACCAAAAGUUCAUUUAGAUUUUUGACUAAAUAAUAAUGCAUUUUCCGGUGCUCCAAAGCCCAAUCAGCAUGGACGCAAAUUCGGCAUUUAGAUGUUAUCAAAUAUUUUAAAUUCAGGAAAAAGUGUCGGAAAAUUUACUGACAACAGCAUACUUAAUUAUUAAAGUGUUAAAAUUUGUAUUCUCCUCCAAAAGAGGAAGCUAUAUAAGCAAUAAAUAAUUGAUGAAUAAAUAUAAG